ACGGGGGAAAGAGGAGGGGAAGCACUGGGAGCAGGGGGGAGAGCGGGAGAAGGAGGAGGAGGAGGAGGAGAGGGAGGAGGAGGAGGAGAGGGAGGAGCAGCAGGAGAACGAGCGGGAGCGGGGCUAUGGCAGGAUCUUUAUCACGUUGUUUGGCGGAGGAGGAGCGAGAGGGGGAGGGGGAGGAGGAGGAGGAGGAGUGGGAGGAGCGGGAGAAGGAGCGAGAGGAGGCGUGGGAGAAGGAGCGGGGAAGGAGCGAGAGUGGGGCUAUGGCGCGGGAAGAGGAGCGGGAGGAGGGGGAGGAGGAACGGGGGGAAAAGCAGGAGAAGCUGCGGAAGGAGGACGAGCAGCAGGAGGAGCGGGAGGAGCAGCAACAGAGGGAACGGGAGAAGGAGAGGGAGGAGGAGGGGGAGAAGGAGAGGGAGCGGGGCUAUGGCGGGAUCUUUGUCAUGUUGUUUGGUGGAGGAGCGGGAGGAGGAGGAGGAGCGGGAGGAGGAGCGGGAGGAGGAGUGGGAGAAGGAGGGGGAGAAGGAGGGGGAGGGGAUUGGGGAUGGGGUUGCAUCUCACAGCCCCUUUCUCCAUACUCUCCUUCUCAUUUUGCACAUUCGAAGGCUGCUCAGUUCAUGCACAUCGAGCAGCUCGCUACUCGUGAGGACAUUGUGUCCUCUCUUCUGGACUUGAGCAUGCUCCAGGCUCGUCAGGAGCGACUCACCUGCCAUGUCGCUGCACUGCAUCGCCUUCUCACCAUCCUCUCUGACCCUGAUCGCACCCUCCCGAUCAUUCCAGUACGGCUGGGGACCUCCACGAGGAUGUACUCAGCGCUGUGGGAUUCCGGUUCCCAGGGUAACUUCAUUCACCCACGUGUAGUGAAAGAAGCCCGCUUACCCACGACAGGGUCUCCGACUCCCAUCUCUGUUACCCUCGGGAAUGACAAGACCCAGCGCUUCUUCGAUCAGACGGUCACCGACCUCCCUUUCUUCCUCACUCUCGAGCCGACUGAUCGUCCCCCGGCGUCUCGUUGCCACCGCUCCUCUGCACAUUUCGAUGUGAUGGAGACGGGGUACGAUAUCAUUCUCGGCACUCCGUGGUCUCGUCGGUUUCGCAGCACCGAGGCCGAUUGGGCGACCAACCCUCUCGUUCUCAAAACGAAGUGUGGACAGACGUAUCGCGUACCUUUCAUAGGUACCACUGCGACACCACGCCCCGAUCCUCCUACCCCGGAGCCUUCCGUGCCCACACCAUCUCCUUCUAUCACCGUCACCUCGCCUCGACAGUUCGCCCACUUCAUCCGACAGGACGACGUCACCUUCUUUAUGGUGAACGUGACGGAUCUCUUACACUAUGAUCCACCCUGUCCCGACGCCGAUCUCAUCCCUCUGGAGCCAGAUCCUCCUUCUAUCUCCAUGGCUCCUAUCUUUACUUCCCACCCUCCGUCGUUCGUCGAGUUCACCCGGCCAUCGCGCGCUGAUGCUGACGCUGAGGAACUCACACGAUACACAGUUGACCUAGAGCCCCCAGUUUGUGACCUCAUUCGAGAGUACCACGACGUUUUCCCAUCAUCAUUCUCGUACGCCGGCAUCCCACCGAUGCGCGACGUCGAGCACUCCAUCCAGCUUGUGCCUGAMUAUCRUGUUCACCACCAGGCACCCUACAGACUCUCGAUCCCUGAGGCCACUGAACUCAAGCGUCAGCUUGAGGAGCUCCUGAGACUGGGUUUCAUUAAACCCAGCAACUCCCCGUGGGGUGCACUCGUCCUCUUUGCUCGCAAAGUGAUGGAAACUCUUCAUCUCUGCAUCGACUAUCGCAGUCUUAACCGCUACACGGUUAAGAACAGCUACCCCAUGCCUCGUUCUGAUGAGCUGUUCGACCGCCUAGCAGGCAACCGCUUCUUUACGAAGAUUGAUCUUUGUAGCGGUUACCAUCAGAUCCGCGUCGCUGCAGCGGACCAGCAGAAGACAGCGUUCCGAUCGUGCUUCGGCCACUACGAGUUUACGGCGAUGUCUUUCGGCCUCACCAAUGCACCCGCUACCUUCAAGAGGGCGAUGAACGACAUCUUCAGGGACAUCCUAGAGCAGUACGUUCUCGUCUACCUCGACGAUAUCCUGGUCUACAUUCGUAUCCUUGAGGAGCACCUCAGACACCUCCGCAACGUCCUUGACCGCUUGCGCAGACAUGGCUUCUAUGCCAAGGGCACCAGAGAGCCCCUUAUUUGCAUUCCCUCCACUAGACAACUGCGUGUCGGAGUAGUUACAGAGUUCCAUGACCAGGCAGCCGCCGGUCAUAUGGGCUUCCACAAGACGUUGGUUCGUGUGAGCCGCCUGUACGUCUGGCUGAAGCGCAAGGACUUUGUGAAGGACUACGUCGCAAAGUGUCCCACCUGUCAGGAGGUGAACAGUGCGAACCACCUUCCUUAUGGUUUGCUCCAGCCUCUUCCUAUCCCUGAGGGCCGUUGGCAGUCCAUCUCGAUGGACUUCAUCGGUCAUCUUCGUCCUCCGACCCCUCGCGGUCAUGAUGCUAUCCUGGUCGUCGUCGACUGCUUCACGAAGCGUGCACGCUUUGUUCCGUGCCGCUAUGCCAUCAGUGCACGUGAGGUCGCCGACAUCGUGUUUGACCGAGUCGUGCGUGACCAUGGCUUACUUCUGAGCAUCAUAUCUGACCGAGACCCGUGCUUUACCAACCGAUUCUGGCGACAGCUCCACGAGGUUUACGGCACCCAGCUCCGCUUCUCCUCGUCUUACCAUCCCCAGACUGAUGGUCAGACGGAGGUCACGAACAGGACUCUCGGAGAUAUUUUCUGAAAGAUUGUUCGUGACGACCAGCAGCGGGAUCUUCAUCUUGCCCACGCGGAGAUAGCCUACAACCACGC